UGUUUUUCGGUAGAUGAACAGUUUCAGUUCACAGGAUGUUCUGAAGAAUUUUCUUCGUUUCAAGCGAUGUCUCUCUAACGAGCACUCAGAUAUGAAUUUGGCAAGACCGCCGAAGCGGCAGAAAACAGUUACAAGCUGUAUGAUCUCGGAUGAGAGAGAGAAAAAUGUGUGGGAGAACGAUGUAAACGAAGAUGCGUUGGAUGAAUUAACAACCUGCAAAUCUAAGGCCAAGAGACAGGCUGACGUGCACAAUGUCCCACCCUCUCCUGUGGUUCAUGUGCGAAGGCUAUGUGAGACUGCGGUGGAGGCUGACCUGGUCCAGGCCUUGGAGAGAUUUGGCAUAAUUAGCUAUGUGCUGAUGUUGCCACUAAAGAGACAAGCAUUGGUGGAGUUCAGCAGUAUAGAGAGUGCUGAGAGAUGUGUGUCACAUGCGUUGAGGGAGUGCGUGUGUGUGGCCGGCAGACCUGCCUUUUUCAAUUACUCAGAGAGUAAGAAGAUCAUUAGGCCAGAGAACACCGUUUCCCAUGACGACGGAAACAGAGUUCUGCUGCUGUUCAUCCAGAAUGCACACUAUCCCAUCACCACGGAUGUACUCUACAAUGUUUGUAACCCCAUUGGUAAAGUUCUCAGAAUUGUCAUCUUCAAACGCAAUGGACUUCUGGCCAUGGUGGAGUUUGAGACACCAUUGGGUGCUCAGAGAGCUAAAGCUGAGUUGAAUGGAGCAGAUAUUUACUCCAACUGCUGCACCAUGAAGAUAGAGUACGCAAAGCCAACCCAUCUGAACGUGGUGAAAAACGAUGCAGAGAGCUGGGAUUACACCAAACCUCACCUGGGCAACGGUGACCGUGUGAAUCAACGGAAAAGAAAAUCAAUCCUUGGUGACCAUCCAUCCUUCCUUAGCGAAAACGGUCAUUGUGGUCAGACUGAUGAGUCUUCUUACCGGUUACUAGGUCCCCAUAGACGCAGCCCUGAUAUAUCUGAAGUAACGUACCCAUUACCGAUUAAUUCCUUCCACGCUGGUCCAUCGCACAGUCCAGUGAUUAUGGUCAGCGGCCUGCACCAUAAAAUGAAUUGCAGCAGGAUUUUCAACCUCUUCUGUCUUUACGGCAACGUUCGCAAGGUGAAGUUCAUGCGCAGCGUACCUGGUUGUGCACUGGUGGAGAUGGGAGACACGUUAGGAGUGGACAGAGUUAUCACACACCUCAACAACAUCAAAGUGUUUGGCAAGAAAUUUUGCCUGUGUGCAUCGAAGAAGGAAACUGUCAUUCCUGGUGAUACUUAUUUACUGGAUGAUGGAAGUAGUAGUUUCCAAGAUUUUGGAAUGACGAGGAAUAACCGGUUCACCAGCAGUGCCAUGGUCUCCAAAACCAUCAUCCAGUCGCCAUCCUCUGUUCUACACUACUACAAUGCACCGCCUUCUGUCACCCAUGACGACCUGCAGAAACUGUGUUCAGACCAUGACCUCCCAGUCUUUGUAAGAUAUCGAGCGUUUACAAAAGCAUCCAGUAAAACAAACUCUGGUCUGUUAGAGUUCGCAAGUCAGAAUGAAGCCGUGGAGGUGCUUAUGGUGCUAAAUAAUCAUCAGAUCAGAAUUGAAAAUUACACUCAGCCCUUCACCCUGAAGCUGUGCUUCUCCACGACAUCUCAUCUUUGAAAACCCAGCAAGAUCUGAAGAGAAUCAAUUUGUGUGU